CUUCCAAGCACUGCAGAACCGUUUUGGCGCUUGCUUUGCUUUGCUCUGCUCUGCUGUAGUAACCAGAACACGCACCGCGAAAACAGGCGCCGUGUUUCCUUCUUGUCCUCGACACAGGCACAGGCAGGGAAAGUCGCGCGAUCGAUGGAGGCGGAGGCGGAGGCGGAGGCGGCGUCGUCGGGACGGUGGUGCACGUGGAACCUCGCGGCGGUGGCCGCGGUGGGUGCGUGUCUGCUCCUGAUGCACGUGGCGGCGCGGGUGGCGGACGCGCUCUGGUGGCGCCCGCACCGGCUGGAGGCGCACUUCGCGCGACAGGGCGUGCGCGGGCCGCCGUACCGCUUCCUCCUGGGCUGCGUGAGGGAGAUGGUCGCGCUCAUGGCGGAGGCCACCGCGAAGCCCAUGUCGCCGCCGGACUCGCACGACGCGCUCCCGCGGGUGCUCGGGUUCUACCACUACUGGAGGAAGAUCUACGGACCGAUGUUCUUGAUAUGGUUCGGGCCGACGCCGCGGCUCACGGUGGCGGACCCGGAGCUGGUCAGCGAGGUCCUCCUCACACGCGCUGACGCGUUCGACCGCUACGAGGCGCACCCCGUCGUCCGGAAGCUCGAGGGAGACGGCCUCGUCAGUCUCCACGACGACAAGUGGGCGCUCCACCGCCGCGUCCUCACCCCGGCCUUCUACCCCGACAACCUCAACCGGCUGGCACCGCACGUCGCCAGGUCGGUGGUGGCGCUGGCGGAGAGGUGGCGGGCCAUGGCCUCCGCCGCGGGAGGCGAGGUGGAGGUGGACGUCGCGGAGUGGUACCAGGCCGUCGCCGAGGAGGCCAUCACGCGCGCUACGUUCGGCAGCAGCUACGACUCCGGCCGCGUCGUGUUCCGCAUGCAGGCGCGCCUCAUGGCCUUCGCCUCCGAGGCCUUCCGCAAGGUCUUCGUCCCUGGGUACAGGUUCUUGCCGACCAAGAAGAACCGGCUGCAGUGGAGCCUGGACAGGGAGAUCAGGCGGGGACUCGUCACGCUCAUCGGCCACCGCAGCGACGAGGCCGCGCAAGACGAUGACUCGGAGCUGAACGACAAGGGAAGCAGCAACGGCUUCCGGGACCUGCUGGGGCUCAUGAUCAAUGCCAGCGACAAGAAGGAGGAGAAGAAGCAGGAGGAGGCGCGGGCGAUGCCCGUGGAGGACAUGCUGGAGGAGUGCAAGACGUUCUUCUUCGCCGGCAAGCAGACGACCACCAACCUGCUCACCUGGGCCACAGUGCUCCUGGCCAUGCACCCGGACUGGCAGGAGCGUGCUCGCCAGGAAGUCCUCGCCGUGUGCGGCGCCGACGAGCUCCCGUCCAAGGAGCACCUCCCCAAGCUCAAAACGCUGGGGAUGAUCCUGAACGAGACGCUCCGCCUGUACCCGCCGGCGGUGGCCACGAUCCGCCGCGCGAAGCGCGACGUGACGCUCGGCGGCGUGUCCAUCCCGCGGGACACCGAGCUGCUGAUCCCGAUCAUGGCGAUGCACCACGACGGCGCGCUCUGGGGCCCCGACGCCACGCAGUUCAACCCCGCCCGGUUCGGCGGCGGCGCGGCCAAGGCGGCGGCCCACCCGCUGGCGUUCAUCCCCUUCGGGCUCGGCCCGCGGAUGUGCAUCGGGCAGAACCUGGCGCUGCUCGAGGCGAAGCUCACGCUGGCGGUCGUGCUCCAGCGGUUCCGGCUCGCACGGUCGCCCAGCUACGUGCACGCGCCGACGGUCCUGAUGCUGCUCUACCCGCAGUACGGCGCGCCGGUGAUCUUUCGGCCGGUGUCGUCGCAGCUAUCCGUUUCAGACCGGACGGAGACGACGAGACCACCACGGCACUGAUGUGAUCGAUAUCCAUACGUCCGCUAGUGAAUACUAGUGUGCUAGGGAACGAAUAGAAGACGCAAUGAAACCAGUAAAAGAAAAGCUUGUGUUGUCCUGUCGUGGCAGGGCCGGUGGCGGUGAGCGGGCCCGGACCUCCCUGCUUUCUGGGGCCGGCCGGUCGGGUCAGUUGCCGGAAAUGCCCCCGUGGUAGACUAGUAGACUGUAGACCGGAGCAGAGUUUUGGACUUGACGAUGGCGUGGAAGAACACCAAGAAAUCAACCCCACAUCUGCUGUCGUGUCGGGUCGGGUCGGUUCCAUCUGCGGCUACUACCUGCGUCCAGCUAUGCAUAUGUACGUGUACAGGUUUAUUUAUUUACAUACAACAGUUUUGGCAGUAUAGAUGGGAUUGAUUGG